CGGCCCAUUCCUGGUACUGAUGAAGCGGCCGGUGCCAAACUUCAACAUUGGAUCCAAACUGUGAGCAAAGAUGACAUGGGUACCGGUGGUCGUUUUCAGAAUGUCACUCAAGCUAGCAUUGGCUCUGUUUCUUCUUGGAGCAUUUUAUCCCAUCCUUGAGGCUCUGGACAAUGGUCUCGCGAGGACACCUCCCAUGGGCUGGUUGACAUGGGAACGCUUCAGAUGUGACACCAACUGCAAAAAGAACCCCAAAAACUGUAUCAGUGAGAACUUGAUGAUGGAAAUGGCAGACCGCAUGGCAGAGGAUGGCUACAAGGAUGCUGGGUAUGAGUACGUCAAUCUGGAUGAUUGUUGGAGUGCUAAGGAACGUGAUGCACAGGAGAGAUUGCAGGGGGAUCCUGAGCGCUUCCCUAGCGGAAUGAAAGCUCUGGGCAAUUAUAUUCACAGUCGGGGCCUGAAGUUUGGCAUCUAUGCAGACUACGGCACCAAGACCUGCUCUGGUUUCCCAGGCAGCUGGGGACAUUUUGAGCUGGAUGCCCAGACGUUUGCUGACUGGGGAGUCGACAUGAUGAAGCUAGACAGCUGUAGCUCCAAUGUAACCACAUACAGUAAAGGUUAUCCUGAGAUGGCACAUGCUCUGAAUGCUACCGGACGACCCAUUUUAUUCAACUGUAAAUGGCCUUUUGUAUUGCCCCACUAUGGUAUGAAGAUAAACUACACCUUGAUCGCCGAAUACUGCAACACCUGGAGAAACUUCUGGGAUAUUCGUGAGAAGUGGUCCCUUGUCCUGAUGAUAGUGGACUACUACGCUCUCAAUCAAGAUGUCUUGAUACCAGCCUCUGGUCCUGGUCAUUUCAAUGACCCAGACAUGCUUGUUGUAGGAGAUAAUGGCUUGACAGUGGACCAAGCCCAGGCACACUUUGCCAUGUGGUCCAUCUUGGCAGCACCCCUCCUGAUGGCCAACGACCUACGGAAUAUCUCCAUCCCUCGUCGUAAUAUCCUGCUGAACAAAGAGGUCAUUGCUGUCAACCAGGACCCCCUUGGCAUUAUGGGAAGACUCGUACUUCAGUUCAGCGACAGAGUGAAUCUAUGGGUCAAGCAGCUUUCCAAACCGCAGGAAUGGGCCGUUGUGUUCCUCAACCGGUACCCAUCACCACAGACGGUGUCCUUGUCCCUCCAACAGCUGGGUCUGAAGUCACUAUCUGGUUAUAAUUUGCGGGAUAUCAUUACACAUAGUGAUAUAGGGUACAGAGAUUCAUCGAAAAAGUAUAAAUACACAAUACCUGCAACUGGUGCUUUGAUGAUGCGUAUACACCCGUAGUACACAUGCAACAAUUG